AUGGUUCCACCUCUUAUGUUGUUAUGCAAGUAUGGUGAUCGUACCAUUGUGUUCAAGGUUGUGUCAAACUGCACGUUGAAGGAUUUAACUGAUUUCUUAAGUUGUAAAUUGAAGAAGUUUGACAAUAGUGGUUGCAUACUGUUAUCGUACUGUCAAAGAUUUAUUGGAGGUGCAAAGGAUUUUCGGACUGCAUUAUGUAAAUAUGCCAUUGAGAUAGGAUUUGAGUUUGUGUAUGUGAAGAAUGCGAAGUGUCGGGUCACUGUUGUGUGUUCAAUGCGGGAAUCGAAAGCUUGUUUAUGGCGAGUACAUUCAUCUCUGGAAAGUGCUAAUAAUUUUUUCUACAUUAGGACUCUACAUGAUGAGCAUACUUGUGGAGCUGCAGUUCGUACUUCUAAAAACUCAAGGAUGAGUUCAAAUUUGAUUGCAAGUUUGAUUGUUAAUGAAGUUCGUGGGAAUCCCCAAACUCGUCCAAUUGAUGUUGUGCGUCAAUUUACAGAUCAAUACGGGCUCACCAUUACGUACAAUCACGCUUGGUUGGGAGUUGAGAAAGCUAGAACUACUACUUUUGGAGAUUUCUCUAUGUCUCAUGAUGAGAUUCGAUGGUAUAUGGAUAUUGUGAUGAGCACAAAUCUUGGUAGCUAUUUGCGUCUUAACUAUAACCAUCAAAGUGGACGGUUCAAGAGGUUUUUUGUUGCAUUUAAUGCUUCCAUUCAAGGGUUUAGGCAUUGUCGUCCUCUAUUGUUUAUCGAUGGAACUUUUUUGAAGGGAAAAUAUAAGGGCACCUUGUUAACAGCUACAACGAAGGAUGGGAAUCAAGGUAGAUAUUACUACAGUUUAUUCCAAAGUAACAAUUUUUUCCCGCUUGCAAUGGCAAUUGUCGAUACAGAGACUACAGACAGUUGGGAAUGGUUUUUUAUGCAUUUGUCGAAUAUAUUGUUGGAUGAAAGACCAAUUACCUUCAUAUCUGAUCGGAACGCUGGACUUUUGGAGGCUUUACCCAAGUGGGAUGUUUUAAUCAGUGCUUAA